UGAAUUCUUCAGAUCCUCUCACGAGCUCAGGUGUCGUCUUUGAUGGACAGCCGAGUGGGCCAAUGAAAACACAACGAACGUCACCUGCAGCCGCGGGACGGAGGCGGGAUUUUUCGAGUCAGGUGCUUGGGAUUGGAGAGAGCGGGAGGCGCAGGUGGCGGAGCGGACAAGUGUCGUGGCGCAAAUCCCUCGGCAAAAGAUACCGGCUGUCCCAGUUGCGGUGCCGCGAACCAGACGUUGGAAUCCGCUUUCGGAGCCGCUUGGCCGUGACUGAGUCCCAGUUCCGCCGCUCCGAUGUCUGCCGAGCGCGACGUUGUGCAGGUCCCCGAUGACUUGGCGUUCGCCUCGUUCCGGGAGCAGUGUGAAUCGGUGCAAGGAUGGCAACAGAAGUACAACAAACCCGGCGUUCAAGUGUGGGUACAGGCCGCGUCUGAAGGAAAAGGCGUACACCGAAUCAAGUGUAGAAUGGAACUUAAAGAUGUAUCUGCAGAGACGGUGUAUGAUGUACUACAUGAUAAUGAGUACCGUUAUAAGUGGGAUAAGCAGGUCAUUAAGACUUUUGACAUUGCACGACUCACAGUGAAUGCAGAUAUUGGGUAUUAUUCAUGGAAAUGCCCAAGCCCCCUGAAAGAUAGAGAUGUGAUUACUUUAAGGUCAUGGCUUGUCACAGACAAAGAUUAUAUGAUCAUCAAUUACUCUGUGAAACAUCCUGAUUAUCCUCCUCAUAAAGAUCUAGUCAGAGCUGUCUCCAUUCUAACAGGUUAUCUGGUCCAGUCUACGGGUUCCAGAAGUUGUAAUCUUACCUAUAUGGCUGAAGCAGAUCCCAGAGGGUCUCUACCAAAGUGGGUCAUCAACAAAGCUUCACAGUAUCUGGCUCCCAAAGUUCUUAAACGACUGCACAAAGUGUGUCUCAAGUACCCAGAAUGGAAAGGGAAGAACAGACCAGACUUCAAACCAUGGCUCUACCCAGAACAGAAUAGCCUUCCAACCAUGAGUCUUGAUGUACUCUCUAUCCAGCAUGCAGAUUCACUGGAAAAUAUAGACGAAAGUGCCUUAUCUGAAGGGAAUGGUAGUGAUGAAGAAGGCUUAAGAGGCUGAAACCACAUUGCAUUAUUCCUUCAAUAUACUGUAAGCCCUUGGAGUUUGCAGGAAGAGGGAAUCUGCAUAAUUGGCCCUUAGAAUUUGGGUGGCAAAUUCUUACCAAUGGGUUAAUUUUGUGAUUUGGGAGGUAGAUAUUAUUGAAUCAAGAUUACUUAUACAAAGCAUCUGACAUUCAUACAAUAAAUUAGAUCUUUGCACUUGCUGUAGUUAAAUUUGUGAUUGAGCAAUUGAAAAUAAUCAAUCACAGUAGAUUUCCGGUAUAUCUGAAUAGGCCUCACAGUUAGAAAUAACUGGAUUAGUGAUGAAGAUGACUUGAAAAUUUAUCCUUUAAUGAAAGUGAAGAAUCGUUGAACUGCAGGCAUGGUGGGUCUCUGGUUGGGUGGCAUGGGAAGAGGUGGGGCAGAUGUAACAAUACUUAUGAAGAGCAUGUGACUUUUCUUUUUCUGCUUUGAAUUUUUUUUGAAAAGACUUAUUUUAAUAUACAGCAUCCUCCUUCCAAACUGGUUCUGAUCAUGAGAUGAUAAAUUUGUGAUGCAGAAAUGAGUACAUGGCUUUAAGCUUAGUUCUUAUUGCACAAUAACAAUGCUGCACAAUUAUGUCCAGCAAAGCCUCUUUUCUGCUGAAUCAUUGAUGGUAAAGAUGCACUAUAGUUUGAACUGCUUUCCAAUGAAAGGGGUGAGAAAGUAAUCCUAGAACUUGAGUUUUCAAAAUUAUCUCGGUUUCAUAAAUGUGACAAUACAAUUGUAGAAGGUUUAGAAACUUGUGUCCUGAUGUUGAAGGUGUUGGUUGGGUGUUGCAAGUUUGCAUCUUCUUAGUGAAGUGAGUUUUCUAGGUUAUUGGGCUGAAUAGCAGCACAUUGAUUCACUUCUUCACAUUGAUUCACUUCCUACCUUCCAGAAUUUAAACUUCACCACUUGAUUCCUAUUUUAAAUACUGGCUGCACUAUUUUUUAAAAAUGCUACAAACAGGCAGUUUUGUAAAUGAAGGGAGAUUGAAAUUGGCAGUGGGAAUUGGGGCUGAAAUUGUAAGUUCCCAUUUAAAUACAAGGCACAGAAAUAGAACUGAACUUAAGUGUAAGAUUAAAGGACACGAGCUGACAAGGUGAUAUUUCUGGUGAAUAGGAACUUCGAUAUCUUUUCAAGUUAUUGUCUUUGACAGAGUUACGCUUGUUUAAAUGGGGUUUGGUAGAUUUUGUACAUUACGCAUGGUGAGAUUUUGUGUGGCGAGCAGAUGUUUUUUAAAAAGAGGAAUUUUGAGUUUAUAAAGGGGUAGAUGGAUCAAAAUACUUAACAGUUUCAUUAGUAAAUACAGUAUUGCUCAGACUUGGGGGGUGGGGGGAGUGAAAAAUUAUGCUGACAAUGUUGAUUUUCAUUUUUUUAACAAAUUGAAAAACUGCCGUGAAUUAGUAUCCUCCAUGCACUAUCAGAGAGCAGGGCUCUAUGUCAACACUACCUCUGACACGACAUAGAAUUGAAUAUGGGACUGAUAUGUUAAUGUGGCCUGCAGCAUUUUUGUCUGACCUUCAGAAUUAAAAUUUAAAAGCAUCUUUAAAUUCAGAAGACUAUUAAGCCAAUGUGCUUGUAUUUGAUUAACUACUAAUUUGACUUAACAGCUGCGAGCUUAAAAAUUAUACUUAUAAAGCAUAAUCAAGAAAAUAAGGCAGAAUCUUCAUUUUCUUCCUAUAAUCUCAAAGAAAUUUUUGGCAUUUAAUCAUGAAGAAUGUAAAUAUCCAGGUGCCCCUUGAGUACUGGUGUUGGGUAUAUUGGUGAAGGAAAAAAUGGAAGUGCUAUUUUGAGAUCAAAAUCAUAGAAUUACAGUUGGAAUAUUUUUAAUAUUUUGUUACGUGAGCUUGUAUUUUUGUAACAAUUCUGGAUUCUCAAUCCGAGUAAAGGUAUGCAAAGUCUGGGAGACAUUUCACUUGUGCUUGUAUAAGCUUUCCACUAACAACAGAUAACAAUUUAAAUAACCUUUUUAAUGUUUUCUACUACUUAUUGGGAAUUUGUCUUUUCUAUUUAAUUGGAAUGAUUAUAGAGAGGCCCCCUUCACAGAAACGAGUUCCCUGCUCAAUUCAGUAACACUUGCAUGUCGGGAUACUGAAGAUAAGCCACCACACUUGGGGCAUUGCACAUGAAGUAUCAACAUUCUACUGCUUUUUAACACUUGUUUCAUUUGAGGUCUCUACAUGUUAGAAGAAAGGCUUUAAAAUAUUCUAUUUUUUGUGUAAAGAUGCUUGCUGAUGUUUUUUGUAAUGAAGUUCAUUAAAUUUAAACACCUUGCUAAGGUUGGCAUUUUAAAAUAGUGUUGUCGAUCAGGUGAAUCAUGAUUUUGUUCUACUGUUGUCAGUUAUGUGGCUGAUUUGUAUAUGAAGCAUUAAACCAACAUAAUUUAAAGGUUUACCAAAGCCCUUGUGAUAUUUACCUGAAAUUGAUAACACCAAGUAAUUAGUGUUAAUUCACCCAGUCUAGAAGUAAAUCAGCUAGAAUGUUAUUUUAAUGGUGCUAGGAGGUUUUUAAUCAUUAUAUACAAUCUGAAAAUGACACAUUGUUGAAAUCUUAGUAAUACUAAUUUAUCAUUAUUAAAUUAUUUCACUUUGUUUUAACAUAGCUUAUAAUUUUCUUUUGGGUUUUCAAGUCAAUGUUAAAUGUAUUGCUAGGGAAAGAAGAUGGAAGGCUGGCCUUGUUUUGUUGCAUUGAGUCUUUCAUGUACUGUUAGAAAGCUUUAAAAUUCUCUUCUGUACUUUAGAUUCACUAAUGCACUUUUUCUCCUACUUGUGUCACGAAAACAAAAUGCUGCAUGACUUCAGCAGUGUUCCAUUGCAACAGAUUUGGAGUUUUCUCCUCAAGCAUUUUACAGAAAUAUUUAAAUAGCCCAUUCAGUGCAACCAAGGCCAUCUCAUUAACUUCUAAUGGACUAUUUUGUAAAACUUGAGUUUUUCUUUGAGGAGGUAGAAUCUGCAACCUUCCAAUUAGCAGGAUCCAAACGGUGAUUCUGUAUUUCUUUUGAAACAUAUUUAAAUCUGUAAUAUUCUCUGUUCUAGCUGCUACAAUAAGAGAAUCUGUCAUAUACAUGCAUUUUAUUUCUGCUUUAAUACCUUGCUUAAAAUAUGCUGUGCCAAAAAAGAAUGUUGAGAACUUGUAUGUCUACUGUUCCAUUUUUUGUGUUUUUGUGCUGCCAUCUAAGUCAACCAUUUUGUAUUUAGGAUGUAAGAUGGACAGUUAGAAAUGAUAACGCCACCUACAUGUAACAGUGAAACUGGACUCUCCACCUCCUCUUCUUCCUCAAGAAAGGACUAUUGGAAGAGAAAAUCUCAAAUAUUUUCCACUUAAGACAAUUUUAGGUAAAUUUAGGGAACAAUUUUCAUACACUAUAAUCCUUUUCCAUCAGCAAUGGGAUGGUGUGGAAUUGUUCAGUUUAUAUAUUGACAAAAUUCCCUUGCACCAGUAUUCAUCUUCCUAUGUAUUAAUGAUUUUUAAGGUAUACAAUUUCUUACCAACCCACCGUCCAAGAGAAAUCUCAUAAAAUGAAGAAACUAAGCAAAGCAGAAUUGUGCAUUUUGCUGUUAGUUUCACAGCAUUAACGAAGAAUAUUUAUGGUAAACAUGUUUUGUAUGAAUGUAGUAGAUGCUCAUGUUUAUUUGGACAUUGAACUGUAAGGGUAAAGUUUAUUUUAGUUCAACCAUGAUUAUCAUUUAUUUUGCUAAACUAUAUUUUGUGUGAAGGUUAUCUUUUAACAUCAGAAACCUGAAUGAGCAAAAGGACCCUCAGAAUUUGAUUUCUUAAGUCAUUAAGUUCAAGUGGUGUAAGCUUGCCAAAGUGAUUUUUGCACAUUAUACUUUGUCAUACAAGCUGAUUUACCUGGGUUACAUUAAUAAAUGUUUGUUAAAAAUA